GCGUCGCCAAGAAUGGCCGGGGUGGGAGGAACAGGAAAUUCAUCCAAGAACAGGGAGAUAGUUGUGAGGUUCCAAGACGCUGGAUCCAAGCCCAGCGUGGCGCUCAUCCUCGCGGCUCUCAAGGCAUGUAGCAAAUCCAGGAAUGAGAAACUGGGUAGAGAGAUCCACGCCGCGGCUCGCGAGAGUGGAUUCAUGGCGAAUUCUUUCGUGGCGAGCUCUCUCAUCGACAUGUACGCCAAGUGUGGGAGGAUGGCCGACGCGAGCAGUGUCUUCCACGGGAUGGAGAUCCACAGCAUUGUCUCGUGGAAUUCCCUCAUCCUUGGCUACGCCGAGAAUCACCAGCCAGAGAGAGCGCUCCACCUCUACGAUCGAAUGCUGCGAGAGGAAAGCCUGGCUCCAAAUCACGUCACGGAUCUCGCUGCUCUCAAGGCCUGCGUGGUUCUCGCCAGGGAAGAAGACGCGCAGAUCAUCCAUGGCCAGCCAGUGAAGAUGAAAACUCUGGAGAUAGUGAUGAGGAUCCACUCUCGAGCUGCUAGAGCUGGAUCAAGCGGGCAAGAAGAACUCCACAUCUUCCUCGCCAACUUUUUGGUGGACGUUUACUCGAGGUGUGGCAGCGCGGGUGAUUCUCGACGAGUUUUCGAUGCGAUCCAACACCGCAGUGUGGUUUCAUGGACCUCGAUGAUUCUCGGCUAUGCUGACAACCAUCGCGGAGAGCUGGGCUUGGAGCUCUUCGAAGAGAUGCGUCGCGCCGGCUGCUCGCAAAACCAAGUAACUUUUAUCGCUGCGUUGAAAGCCUGCUCGAGCAUGGCGGAGAGAGAUCCCGGCGCGCUCGUCCACGGCAAGCUUGUCAAGCUCCAGGCCUUGGAAACUGGGAUGAGUCUCCACUCUCGAGCCCAAGCAGCGGGACUUUGCAAGGACUCGGUGGUGGCCAACACUUUGAUCGACAUGUACGCGAAGUGUGGAAGCAUGGAGGAUUCACGCAGAGUUUUCGACGCCAUGCCGAGGAAGUGUGUCAUCUCCUGGACCGGGAUGAUCAUGGGGUAUGCUCUAAACGGUGACGGCGAGGUAGCUCUCGAGUUCGUCCGGCAAAUGGACGAUCAUCACUGCCAGUCGAAUUACGUCACAGUUCUCGCUGCGAUCAAGGCCUGUGUGUCUUUGGCGGAGAAUGAGGCCGGGACGAUGAUCUUGGGCAGGAUGGUGAAGACGAGUUCGUUGGAGAUCGGACGAACUCUACACCGGCAAGCUCGAGAAAACGGUCACGAGAAAGAGAUCUUCGUUGCCAACGCUCUCAUCGACAUGUACUCCAAGUGUGGCAGCCUCGAGGACGCGUUUAAGAUGUUUUGGAGCAUCCGUAGGCGAGACUCGGUGUCUUGGAGCUCGAUCAUCCAGGCCUGUGCUGACAAUGGCGAGGACGAGCAAGCGCUCCAUCUCUUUUCGACGAUCCAGCGCGAGAAGAGAGUUGUGAGCCCCGCGAUCUUUGUGGCGGCUCUAAAGUCCUGUGGAAAUCUGGGAGCUCUCGAACGCGGAAGAACUCUCGAGCUAGAAAUCACAAACGCGGGCCUCGCGAGAAAUCCCAUGGUGGCAAACUCUCUCGUUGGGGUGUACGGUCGGUGUGGCAGUACGGCCGACGCCCAGCGAGUGUUCGACUCCCUUCCGCCCCAAUGCCGCGACCUGGUGACGUGGAAUGCCCUCGUGGACGCGUACGGCCGCCACGGCGACACGGCCCAAGUAAUGUCCAUGUUUCACGCGAUGCAGCACAGCCACGACCGUACGCUGUGGCCCAAUUCCGUAACUUUCUUGCUUGCCUUGAGCGCUUGCUGCCAUGCUGGCCUUGUGGACGAGGGCAAGACGCUCCUGGCCGCGAUGAUUCAAGAGAAUCGAGUGAUUCCGUCGAUCAAGCACUAUACCUGCGUGAUCGACCUGUUGGGCCGAGCUAAUCGCUUGGAGGAGGCCGUGGAAUUGGUGGAGCGAUUGCCCUUCGAAGCGGAUGCGGUGAUCUGGACGUGUUUGAUGGAUGCCGCGCACAAAUUUGGGGAUGAUGGCGUUGGGAGGAGAGCAUUUGAUGCCGUGGCGAAGCUGGAGGCGCGAUCGGCAACGUACGUGAUGAUGUCCAACAUCGUAGGAGCGGCAGCGCAAGAGCCCUAAACAAGCUCUGUUUUUCCCGCUCGGGUUUGAAUUUUAGGGUGGAUAUUCUGGCCGUUAGAUUGGAGGGGAUCCAAGGGUGAUAACAUCCCAGGGUUUUAGAAGCGUCUAGAGAGAAAUGGCUGCAGCUAUGGCGCCCUCGUCGUUGAUCGCCGCGAGGUCUUCCGCAAUUCAGCUCAACGCGCCUUCUACUUCCACAAAACUUAUCUCGAGGAGCUGGACAGGCCUUCACAUGGAAGCCGGAAGUUCAUUGUCUGUGACAAUUUCAUCGCCCCACGCUACGAGGAUAAGGAGUGGUUCUGUCCAAGUUAGAGCAGGAGUUACCGCAACAGCACCAUCAAAGUUCAAGACUCUAAAACCUCUUGGAGAUCGAGUGCUUGUCAAGAUCCAAAAAGCAAAUGAAACGACACCAGGUGGAAUUUUACUGCCAGUGACAUCACAAACCAAGCCUCAGGGUGGAGAAGUUGUAGCAGUCGGAUCAGGCAAGACCAUUGCCGACAAGAAAAUCGAUCCUUGUGUCUCGAUUGGUGACAUGGUUGUCUACUCCAAGUACGCUGGAACCGAGGUCCAAUUCGAUGAUGCCGAGCACGUCUUGCUCAAGGAGGACGACCUCAUUGGUUUCUUGUCGACCGACGAUAUCAAAGACUUGAAGCCACUCAACGAGAGAGUCUUGAUCAAGAUAGCAGAGGCCGAGGACAAGACGUCCGGAGGUAUCAUCCUCACCGAAAAUGCCAAAGAGAAGCCCGUCACUGGCACGGCUGUCGCCGUUGGAUCUGGAGCUUUCGGAGAGGAUGGGGUGAAAAAGCCGCUAGAUAUUGCUCCAGGGAACUCGGUCAUGUAUUCCAAGUAUGCUGGAAACGAGUUUAAGAGCAAAGACGGGAGCGAGUAUGUUGUGAUCCGUGCAUCGGACAUUCUCGCAGUUUUGCCAUAGCUAGCUCCCAAGGAUUGAAACAAAAACCAAUCAAUUUUAUUCUGGGAAAAAAAACAACUAGAAUCAAGAGGUAAAAGUCUUGUUCCAUUUA